UGCUGCCUUUUCCAAUUUCAGAUCUCAUUCUUGUAUUUCUUCGCUUUGUUGACGGUUUUUAGUUGGUUUUUGUCAGAAAUUGACGAUGAGUUACCAGCUUUAUCGAAAUACAACUUUGGGGAACAGCUUGCAAGAGUCUUUGGAUGAAUUAAUACAGAGUCAGCAAAUCACGCCACAACUUGCACUCAGAGUUUUACUUGAAUUUGAUAAAGCGAUCAACAAUGCUUUAGCAGCCAGAGUUAAAACUAGAGUACAAUUUAAGGGAGAUCUGAACACAUACAGAUUCUGCGAUAAUGUCUGGACGUUUGUGGUGAAGAAUGUUGAAUUCAGGAAUUCUGUUUAUACAAUCAAAUGCGAUAAAGUUAAAAUUGUAGCUUGCGAUGGAAGAAACGUUUCUACAAAACCAGAUGACUGAGAAAUCUGCAAAUAUACACUUAUUAGGUGGACUUUAAUGAAAUAUAUGAUUUGAUGGACAUUAUUGCAAUGAUAUAUUUGAUUUCUCUGCCAUAACUUUUUUUCUACUAGUGGCUGCUGAUACGCACAGAGCUUCUAUUUUAGAUUUAAUACUGCUCACUCCCGUUUUUUCUGUUAAGAUGUUACAGGGAGUUGAAUUUGAGCAAUUGACGUCGAACGGUAUGACCAAAAUGCCUUCAUUCAAUUUCAAAAACAAUUGAUAUCAAAAUUUAAUUUCAGAAACAAUGAUAUAUAUAUCGUCCAUGACCUUUUUUCUAUAGUCAGCCACUGAGCUUCUAUUCUCAAUAUUGCUUUUACCAAGGAGUUCAAUUUGAGCAAUUGAAGUCUAAUAUUAUGACCAAAAUGCUUUCCCUUUUAAAACUGUAAAAAUAAGUUGGCUGUGAAGUCGGGAAAUUUACAUUUGACCACCUACUUUGGUCUGUAAAAUAUUUUGACUCCCAACUUCCUGAUCUUGGAAUGCUGUUCCGUUGUUCUUUAGUCCAGUGUUUCCUGGGUUGCUUGUUUUUUCAACAAAACCUAAAAGUUACAAAUUUCGAUCUCUAGUAAACUUUAUUUUGUAUUUGGCUUUGAAGUGUUGCUCAAUAGUAAUUGUGUAUGUGGAAAAUAUGUGCGUUGCGUAAAAACUUGGCAUAUUUUGUUUUGCUCAAGUGCAGCCACGCCACGAUUUCCAAAACAAGUGCAGCUUUCCUACUUUGCAGGAAAUAAAUAUUGUUUUGUAUUAGUAAUUAAAUUUGCGGCCAUGAAGGCACUACAUGCUAUUUAGUAUUUGAGUAUAUAUAUCCUUGGGUUGCAAGAUUUUAUGAAAUUACCGUACUUUUUAAAAAGUUUGGGUCACUUGAAAAAAAAAUUGGGAACAACUGCUUCAGUUUACCUUAUUUUGAGAUGACACUUAUAACUUUUUACUAAGGAGACUUGAAAUUACUUUUUUGUAUAUCAUGGUCUUUAAUAAAAGCGAAAUUGAAAAAA